AUGAUUCUCGAUCAUCAUCAAUUCGCUCAUCGUUUAUUUUAUUUUAUCCUUCACGAUGGAAACAUUUAUGAUAUUAAAAUGCUUCUAUUAAAAUCUUCUCGUAUUAAUAUUAAUCUUAAUUAUUUGGAAUAUAACGGUCAAUCGUUAGUUCAUUUGUGUUGCCUGUACAAUCGUCUUGAUCUAUUGAAAAUUUUUGUUAACUUGGGCCAUUGUGAUAUUUUAACGAUGAAUCGCAAUGGUUGGCUUCCGUUGCACAUAGCUGUUUAUCUGGGAUAUAUGGAUAUUGUAUUAUAUUUAUUAGAAUGUCUUAAAUCAAAUUAA